AUGUCAGCGGUGGACGUGUGGCACUGCCGCUGCCGCUCCAUCCCCAUGUGGUGCCUGCUGCUGCAGAGCCUGGUGCUGAUGGCCCUGUGCUUCCCGCCCGCCAGCAUGUGCCCAAAGGGCUGCUCCUGCCUACGGACCGACCUGCCGCCGCUGCCCGCCGCCCACCUGCAGCCCGUCCACGGCCUGAACGUGACAUGCAGCCAGUCGCGGCUCAAGGAGAUCCCGCGCGACCUGCCGUCGGACACCGUGCUGCUGCGUCUGGACCGGAACCACAUCUCGGCCAUUCCGGACCGAGCCUUCGGCGGCCUGCGCAUGCUGCGCGAGCUCAACCUCUCCAGCAACGCGCUAGAGACGCUGGGCGACGGCGCCUUCUCUGGCCUGGAGGCCUCACUGCAGCUGCUGGACCUGUCCCACAACCGCAUCACGACGGUGGCCCGGGAGGCCUUCUCGCGGCUGAAGGCGCGCGUGGUCGUCGAGGGCAACCCGUGGCACUGCGACUGCGCCCUGCAGCAGGCGCUCGGCGGCAUGGCUGCGCACAACCACGAGGCGGCCACGCGCGUGCUCUGCCGCAGCACCGAGCUCCUGCGCCACCCGCUGCCGGACGACGAGCACUACAACGUGGACGCCGACGGACAGCCGUACAUGGUAGACGCCGACCUGUGCAACUUGGCCAAGCGCACCACGGACUACGCCAUGCUGGUGACCAUGUUUGGCUGGUUCGCCAUGGUGAUAUCGUACGUGGUGUACUACGUGCGGCAGAACCAGGAGGACGCCAGACGACACCUGGAGUACCUCAAGUCGCUGCCCAGCAAACCCAAACGGGCCGACGAGGCCGAGGACAUCAGCACCGUGGUGUAG